AAAAGAAAUGGCAAUUUGUGUUGGGAGGGUGGAGAUGCGACGCACAUGAUUAAGCAGAAGAGCAGCGCCGCCCUCUACCGUCGUCGGCAUCUUCAUCGCCGGCCGUCGUCGAUCGCCAAAACUCGGUUACUUCUUCCAUCGACUUUCCUGUUCUCUUACCUUGUAAACUCUGCAGUAUAGGGUGAAAUUUGGUUUUUGAGGAUGAAUCAGAUUUGCAAGCGCUUGCUUCGUGUUCGAAACCGUCUUCCUUCAUCGUUCAGCAGCAGCAAUGGCCAUUUCCCGUAUGUAAGUUCUUCGAUUAUACCACCUCUGCAUUACCCUCCCAAGUUCGCGCUCUCGAUUCCCGCCUUUUCGGGUUCGAUUACGUUUUUGGUUCAUUUUUAUUCAGAAUUAGGAUCUUACUGUACUCUUAGUGAAGCUAAAGUGGAAGAUAUUUCGGAAAGCAAUGCGGAUAAGGUACAUAGAGCUAUCGUGGAUAAUUCUUACGCGCAUCAUGACAUGGAGAAUGCCCUUGACCAAGUGGGCGUCCAUUUGAGUACUGAUUUAGUUGCUGAGAUCCUCCAUAGGCUUCGUUUUGAUGAGAAAUUAGCGUUUAGAUUCUUUACAUGGGCUGGGCGUCAAGAGAAUUAUUCCCAUGAGCCUUGUGUUUACAAUGAAAUGAUUGAUAUACUUUCCAGCACUAGGUACAAGGUCAAGCAGUUUCGAAUUGUUUGUGACAUGCUUGAUCAUAUGAAGAGGAAUGGCAAGAAUAAUGUUCCUAUUGAUAUUCUAUUUGGGAUUUUGAAGAACUAUACAGAGAAGCAUUUGACUCACUUGCAAAAGUUUGCGAAGAAGAAGAAGAUAAGAGUGAAGACACAGCCGGAAAUCAAUGCAUUCAAUUUGUUACUGGAUGCUUUGUGUAAAUGUAGUCUGGUUAAGGAUGCUGAAGCUCUGUUUAAGAAGGUGAAGAAGAAACUGAAGCCGGAUGCAAACACUUAUAAUAUAUUGUUCUUUGGUUGGUGUAGAGUUAGGAAUCCGGGAAGAGGGAUGGGUGUAUUGGAAGAGAUGAUCGAGCUCGGCCACGAACCUGAUAAUUUUACUUAUAACACUGCUAUCGCUUCCUUCUGCAAAGUGGGAAUGCUGACAGAAGCAGGUAAACUCUUUGAGUUCAUGAGAACGAAUGGUUCUACCUUGUCUUCUCCCACUGCAAAGACUUAUGCAAUAAUGAUUGUAGCUCUUGUUAAGAAUGGUAGAAUGGAAGAAUGCUUUAAGUUUCUAGAACACAUGAUAAAUAGCGGUUGUCUUCCCGACGUUUCUACAUACAAGGAACUAAUUGAAGGGAUGUGUUUGUCUGGAAAGGUUCAGGAAGCUUACAUAUUUCUGGAAGAGAUGGGAAAGAAAGGUUAUCCUCCCGAUAUUGUUACUUAUAAUUGUUUUCUUAAGGUUCUUUGUGAUAAUAAAAUGAGUGAUGAUGCAGUUAAGCUUUGUGAAAGAAUGAUUGAAGUCGGUUGUUUGCCCAGUGUACAGACUUAUAACAUGUUGAUUUCUAUGUUUUUCGAGAUGGGUGAUGAUGAUGGAGCUUUCCAGAUUUGGGUUGAAAUGGAUAAGAACCGUUGCACACGGGAUGUUGAUACAUAUUGUAUAAUGAUUGAAGGGCUUUUUGAUUGCAACAAAGUUGGAGAAGCAUGUUUCCUUUUAGAGGAAGUGGUUAACAAGGAAAUGAAGUUGCCUUAUCGUAAGUUUGACUCAUUUCUGAUGCAGCUCUCUGUUAACGGUAAUCUCCAAGCAAUCCACCGGCUUUCUGAACACAUGAGAAAAUUUUACAACCCUGCCAUGGCCAGACGUUUUUCUCUGAACCAAAAGCGGAUGAGCUUGAGUUUGAGAGGAAAGUAACAAGAUUGGUUUGGAAGUAGUAUCCAAAUUGCUUCUCACAUUGGAAGUAGCAUGCUAGUUUGAGAAGCUUUCAAGUUCCAUUGCCUUUUUAAAGUGCUCCUGUGUCACACAACAGCAUUUCUGGACAAUGUCCUCUAAAGAAAAGAUACAUAUGAAAGUUCUUGCAGUGAAUAGGGUAUAGGUUGAUGUAUCUUAAGGAAUUUCCAAAUUUAGACUCAGAAUCUAACUCUCUUAGUAUGGUUAGGUGGCUAUAACUUCAAGGGAGCUGCCUCAAUUAGUGAUCAAAAUUGAAGGGCAGAAUGGAAUUAAACAAGUAAGCAACCGAACCUUCCCCAAAAAGGAUUGGAUGAACGGUAUACUUGUGCUGUUGCAAGGGUUUAAAUUCAUUUCCCUUCAGAGGCUGAGGUCGUCCU